AAUUAUCAUCGUUUGAAUCAACCAUUAUCAAUCGAUUCAUCAUCGAUCGAUAAACCAUCAUCAUCAUCAUCAAACAGACAAAAUCUACAAAGGCAGAUGUUUACAUUCAACUAGUUGUUGUGUAUUUGUGUGUCUGUGUUAACCCAUAAUUCUUGAUUAAAAUUUCAAUUUCGAAAAGAGAUAAAACACUAUUUUCAUCAUCUGUUCAUUGUUCAAUUAAAUGUCCGCCAGUCAAUCAAAGUGUGAUAGUUGGACCUUAGAAAACAACAACAAUUGGCUUUGAAUCAUGUGCACCUGCUACUAUUGCUGCUGAUACAUCUUUUGUUCCCUUUUUGUCUGUACGUGGAGAACACAUUGACUUUUGUGUUUGAAUCAUUUAUCUCUUAUAUCAUCUGGUGGCCAGGUCAACAAAGAUUUUUCAAUCAAAAUUUUUCUUCAUAAUUUGCACACAUACAUCACACAAUGGCUGAACGUGAAUCACAUGAUCGUUCCUAUUCAUCAUCAGUUGAUACAUCAUCAUUGGGUUCAAAUCGAAAUAAAGUUGUGACGAAAAAAACAACUACCGUCGUUCCUUAUGACAUAAAUUCCGGUGUAGUACCACCACCCGGUACCCAGGAAGAAUGGACAACAACCAAACGACGAAUAAAUCAUAAAACAAAACAAGUGGAAACACGUGUACAACGACAGAUCAUAAUGGAAGAUGGCAAAGUGAUUGCCGAUAGUGGACCACAAGUAACAACCAAAACAACUGAAGAUCAAAAAUCUGAUGAACAAGAAGAUACUAAACAUCGUAUGCUUGGUGAUUCAGAUGUGCCGGAAAAAUAUCGAAAAGAUAUUGGUAAUCAAGUGAUAGCCGAGAAAACUGUCACUCAUAAUGUAACAAAAGAAGCAAAAGAAGAAAAUUAUCAAUAUCACGAUGAAAGUCUUCGGGAAUUAGAUGGCCCGGAUAUUCAUCGACGUGCGGUUGAAGAUCCAAAUAAAUUGAUUUCAAUUGAGAAUGAAAUUCCUGCCAUACCACGUGGAAAACUUGUACAUUUCUCGGCAAAAGGACGAAAAACAAAUGAUCGUGAUGAAAUCCUUGAAGUAUCAAGACUUGGUAAAGAUGGAUUGCUCAAUACGGAAACAACACAAACACAAUAUCAUGAAGAAUAUGAAGAUGAUGAAUUACCGGAACAACAAGCAGAACGUAUGAUUGAAAGUGAUAAUCAUACCACCCAUCAACGACAACUUGAAUACAAUCAUCAUGGCCAUCACAAUGAUGAUCAUCGAUCGAUACGCACAAAUAGUUCAUUGAGCAUGUCAAAAGAUCGUAAAUCUUCAUCGAAAAAAAACAAAAACCACCACCAUCAUCAUCAUACAGGUGAUGAUGAUAUAAUUGAAACAUCUGAAGUAUAUCGAUUGUCGGAUAAAAUGCGUUCAUUAAAAAGUUCUGGAAGCAAUAAAAAAUCAGGGAGGCCUCAUUACACGACAAUAACAAAAACAACUAGAAAAGAUGAUGCAUCUACACAGGCAUCAAUGUCAGAUUGUGAUUGUGAUCAUCAUGGAUCAACAUCAUUACGAUCAUCAUUCAAUGUGGAUGAUAAUGAUUGUUUUAUUGAUAAUAAACCCAAAUAUUAUUAUCAAGGUGAUGUCGAUGAUAAAGGAUUUAUACAGGCACGGGUGAAAACAUCAAAAUUCGCCACAGAAAAUGAUCGCGUUGUUGAGGAUAAAACAUUCGAAGAAGAUUUUGAACGGUCUUUCCGUAAUGAUGCAGAAAAAUUUGACGUAAAACGUGAUUUUGAUCGAUUCCGUGAAAAAACGGCUGAACAUACAAAGAGUAUUCGAGAUCGAGCUGUAUCGCCAAUGCUGCCACCAUCUGGUCCACCAUCCACCGAAUUUAUUCAUAGACCAAUAAUGGAAUCAAGUCCACCAAGCCAACCGACGGUGGGACGUUCACGAUCAUUUUAUAAUCAUCAGAUUGAACAAUUGGAUAAAUCAUCAUCCACACAUCGAACUUAUGAUCAUCAACCAUCCGCUUUUGAUGAUCGUUAUUCAAGUUUACCCAAAGAUUCUUAUGGCAGCACUUAUCGAGUUUCAAGUCCAAUAGGUGAUAACUGGAACAGCAGCAGACAACAUCAUUCGACUAGAGACCAUCAUCAUCGUUAUGAUAGUCGCCGCACCACUACAACUGAAGGACGAUCACCAUCGUAUGGUCAUCAUCAAUCACGAGCAGCUGAUUUUCCAGAUUUUGCUCCGUUAUCCAGUCCGUAUGAGAUUAAAUCGCUUACAGCAGGUCGAUGAAAAAAAAUUGUCAUAAUAACAACAACAUAACGAUAAAAGAUGGCCCUACAUAUAGUUAUGGGCAAAUUAACAAUUGAAAGUUGGCAAAAUGAAAUGAAUGAAUUUGAAUUGAUUGGUUAUCCCUAUCCCUAUUUUAAUAAUUUUUAUAUUUAUAUAACACACACACACACAAUGGAUUGUAACUUGAUUUGCAUACGGAACAAAAGAAUUAACUUUUCACUCAGUGGUCUUUUCAUUGACCACAAUGAAAUGAGUGUGAUUGAAUUGAGACUAACUUUUUGUACACGACAAUUAAAAUUUUAUUAUUUUGCAAAUAAAUUAUUGAUGAUUGAUUGUUGA